GGGACAUGGACCGGGUUUCACCAGACAUCGGCCUGCCGCCUGACCAAGGCAUGCAGCCUCAGGGGCAAAUGUUGCCGGCCAGAAAACAAAGAAUGUGGUAGGCUUCUUGAGAAUUGGAGGCAUUCUAAUCCACCCGAAGAUGAGCAUCCCUGAUCUCUGACUGAUGUGUCACUUUUCUACAGCAGCCUCACGCAAGCCGCACCCACCUUGGUGCCAGCUUCAAAUCAGCGCAGACUUGAGUAUACCACUCGGGGUUUUGGUGAAUACUAUCGAGCCUAACAUCCAGCCAUGGCGGAGGGCUGCGGUUGCGAGAAAGACACGUGCCACAUCAGCAUCCAGAACCCGCUGACGGCUCGCGACGCCCCAGGGGACCCGCACGAGGCGACCGAGCUGCAAACGGGGGUGCCCAGUCCCCAUUGGUCGCGCCGUCUGAUGCGCCAUGCUUGCCCCAGAAAUUGGUGGCAGAGAUGGUGGGCACAUUCGCAAUCGUCUUUGCAGGCUGUGGGGCGGUCGUGGUCAACGCGCGCUCCCGGGCGCACACCUCAACCCCGCAGUCACGCUGGCCUUCGCGUGCGGGCGCCAUUUCAGCUGGAAGAUGGUCCCUUUCUACUGGACGGCUCAGUUCGUAUCUGCCGUCGCGGGCGCAGCCCUGAUCCGCGGGAUUCUGGGCUCGGAGAAAGCGCUCGGGGCGACGGUCCCAGCCGGCGCGGACUGGGAGUCGCUCCUACUGGAGAUUGUCCUCACGUUCUUUUUGAUGUUCGUGAUCGCUGCGGUGGCUACGGACACGAGAGCCGUUGGAAUGAUGGCCGGAAUUGCGAUCGGAGGGACGGUGGCCUUAGACGCUCUGUUCGGAGGCCCUGUGAGCGGCGCCUCUAUGAAUCCGGCCAGGUCGUUUGGCCCGGCUCUUGUAGCGCUGGAGUUCCGUGGCCUGUGGGUGUAUUUGUGGGCCCGGCGGUGGGCGCAGUGUCCGCCAUUUUUGUAUACGGUUUUGUGCACCCAAAGGGAAUGGAGGUGGCCAAAGGAGGGCACGGGUGUUGCGAGUGAAGAACCUCUCCACAUGCAAUGGAGCAAAUGAGCUGGUUUUGUUCCACAUAUGUCGAUCUAUGAAGCGCUGUAUAGAUGUUGAGAUUGAUUAUUCGAGAGAAUGCGCAAACUGUCAGCACCUUGCUGUCAAUCGCUAUCUUGCGGAAAAGUCAAAUUGGGUUUGGGUCAAGAUAAGACGACAAGGUUAGAUAGUGUGAAAGGGACGCGGGAGUUAGGAUCGUUGCUGCUUGGCAGUGGGCCCCAGUCUAAGUAACAUCGCCUCACACGGUUUAUAACCAUUUACAUCUCUUUCUGGACGUCAUCACCAUUGACGAGAUUCUUGGUAACUUUUAUCAAUGAGCAUUCAAGUUCAAAGCGGC